AUGAUGCCGAGCGCCUCGACGGCGAACGGCUAUGAUAACGAUGCCCUGGAACAGGACCUGAUUGACCCGGAUGAUGCAACCCUUGACGACCUCGACGACCCCAUUCAAGGCACCUCCGACCGCGCGCCACUCACAGGGAACAUUGGAUCACGGUCUGGAGGGAACACGCAGUCGUACCUGACAUCUGCGGUCGGCGGCGAGGACCGUCGCGCGCCAACGAAUACUAUAGACGAGACAGUAUGGGAGACACUCUCACGAGACCUGCUGGCAAUUUGGGAGAAGCUGAAGCAAGUCUUGUGGCCCAAAUACCUUCUGGGAGGCAUCAUGCAACGCGGUGGAGGGAUAGGAGCUGCCGAACGUGGAGAGGCCGACGGUCUGGGCGGCGGAAUUCGGGGGAUCGCUGGAAGAUGGCCAGACGCGGAUGUCAUUCUGCAGGGUGGCAUGAGUGAAGGUCUGCGAGACUGGGAUCUGUGGGGUCCGCUCAUCUUCUGCUUGUUGCUGAGCCUGUUCCUCUCAAGGGGCGCAAAGGACGAGCAGAAGGAUCUAGUGUUUUCUGGCAUAUUCGCAAUGGUAUGGUUGGGAGAGGCCGUGGUAACCAUGCAGAUCAAGCUGUUGGGCGGCAACAUUGCCUUCUUCCAGUCCGUCUCAAUCAUCGGCUACACGCUCUUCCCCCUCGUCAUCGCCUCGGCACUCAGUGCAACCGGCAUUGUACCUAUGCUAGUGCGCAUACCAGUCUAUCUCGUCCUGAUCGCGUGGUCUCUGGCAGCGGGAAUCAGUAUAAUGGGCGGUUCGGGCGUUGUGCGGAAUCGCGUUGGCAUCGCCGUAUACCCUCUGUUCGUGUUCUAUAUCGCGCUGGGCUGCAUCUGUUUCAUCAGCUAG